GCGAUGCGAUUGGGAACACUGCACCACCCAUUAAAUAGAAUUAUCAAUUUCAUGCGCACACAGUUAGCACUCAGCAGUGUAGUGAGGUUUGUUGCUUCGUUUUCCCUUUCCGCCAAUCGCAACAGAAUCCGUUAUUCCGUUGAGAAUGGCCUUGCCGGUGGUCGUCGACGCAGAGUACCUCAAGGAGGUCGACAAGGCUCGCCGCGAUCUCCGCGCACUCAUCGCCAACAGAAACUGCGCUCCUCUCAUGCUUCGACUAGCCUGGCACGAUGCCGGCACUUACGAUGCCAAGACUAAGACCGGUGGACCUAACGGUUCGAUCCGGAACGAGGAAGAGUAUUCUCACGGCGCCAACAGUGGCUUGAAGAAGGCUAUUGAUUUCUGCGAGGAAGUGAAGGCAAAGCAUCCUAAGAUUACAUAUGCAGACCUCUACCAGCUUGCGGGUGUUGUUGCAGUUGAGGUUACCGGGGGUCCCACAAUUGAUUUUGUUCCUGGUAGAAGGGAUUCAAAAAUAUCUCCCAAAGAAGGUCGGCUUCCUGAUGCCAAACAAGGUGUUCCACAUCUCCGUGAUAUCUUUUAUCGAAUGGGCUUGAAUGACCAAGAUAUUGUUGCACUGUCUGGAGGACAUACGCUGGGGAGAGCACAUCCAGAGAGAUCAGGAUUUGAAGGCCCUUGGACAGAGGAUCCUUUGAAGUUUGAUAACUCGUACUUUGUGGAACUUUUAAAAGAAGAUUAUGCUAUGCUGCUUAAACUUCCAACAGACAAGGCUUUAUUGGAGGAUCCUAACUUUCGCCGUUUUGUUGAGCUAUAUGCGAAGGACGAGGAUGCAUUUUUUCGAGAUUAUGCUGAAUCACAUAAGAAACUUUCUGAGCUAGGCUUUGUGCCAAGUUCAAGGGCGACUUGUGUUAAAGAUGGGACCAUUCUGGCACAAGGUGCAGUGGGAGUUGUAGUUACUGCCGCAGUGGUGAUCCUCAGUUACUUGUAUGAAGUUCGCAAAAGAGGGAAGUAGACUUGGAUUUAUUUAUCCCUCUUGGAUGUUACGUUUGCGUAACCGUAACUGUGACCCAUAAUGUGCAAAAUAGGGUUCAUUUUUGCAGCUUCAGUUUCUGUUUUCUUAGUACCAAUAAGAAUAAUGAUACAGCCAUUCUGACUUUAUAUAAAUAGACUAAAAUACUCCUGAAUACUCAAUUUGAGAGCAACUUCAUAAUAUGUGAGUACAAAUUUCAAUGUUCCCUGUUA